CUCUCUGAUGCUGGCUUUUCCAGGCGGAGGAGCAGCGCGGCUCUUUGCUCAUCAGAUGAACUUUUGGGGAACAGAGAGCAGCUCUUCACCGUCAUGGCUCCCACCCUCCUGGUCGGGCUCAUCCUCGCGGCUGUGACCAGCCUCCACGGCGCGCGCGCGGAGAAAAGUCAGUGUCCCAACUCACAGUUUUGGAGCUCAGAUUUGGAUGUUUGUUUGCCCUGUGCAACCUGCAAGCAGUACCCGAAGACCCCGUCGUGCAACACAUGUAAAUCCGUGGAGGAGGCGUCUGACAUGUGGAAACUGGCGGCGAUCACCAGUUUCUCCGUUCUGGCCGUCGUUCUGAUCGGUGCAGCGCUGAUCAUCGGAAUCAUGGUGCAUCGACGCAAGUCCCACAAACGACCUCUACGCGAACCCAUUGAAGAGACUGCAGGGCCACUUUAUCAGGCCUAAACAGCUGACCUCAUCUCACUCUGGAUACAGACGGAACUGAAGCAGAGGAGCCAGAUGGAGGAACCUCUGGACCAUGGACCUUAACCCUACCAUGUACUUAGGCCAGAAUAAGAGCGUUUUAACGUAUAGACUGUUGGGUGAAGAGUUGCGAGCUCGGUACAGGUCCGUCGGUGACCACAGGACUUGCAACGAGAACCUUUCAAACCUUCAUAGGUAUAGUCACGUUAUAUGAGCUAGUUUAGAUUUCCAGUGCCUUUGUAGAGCUUCCAGCCUGGAGGACUUUUUUGGGUGGAAU